AUGUCCAGCGGACCAGUAUUAUUCAGGUCCCUGUCUGGAACCCCUGCCACGGACGGCAACAAUGUGACAAAUGCAGAAAUAUAUCGUCUCAUUACUCAGCAACUCCUCGAUGGGUUCGCUAUCUGGCGAGUGAAGAUGUUCAACGACCGAACAUUUGUGGAGAGUAGACGGCGUAGUUAUUGGCUCGGUGACCGAUAUUAUCGUAUGGACAAUGACUACUACUGGGUAGCUCGCGAUACCUGUGCAUACCGUAUGAACGAGACGGAACGGAGAAACCUAGUCUACGAGGAUGGUAUUCCCAUCUACGAUAUUAUCUACCAGUGA